UUUGGGGCAAGUGACAUAUCUUUUAUUCUUUACUUAACUUUAUUUAUUCUUGUUAUAACUGUCGUGAUUUUUUUCUCUCCUUGUUCUCUCCUGCUCAGAUAAAUGUCAUUUUUCCCGGUCAGAUUUGUGUCCUUUCCCCUGUCAGAUUUGUGUCAUUUUUCACGGUCAGAUUCAUGGCCUUUUUCCGAGUCAGAUUUAUAUCCUCUUUCCCCGGUCAUAAUUAUGUCUUGUCACCCAGUCUGUGUUUUGUCCUCUUUCCCAGUCAGAUGUGAGUCCUCUCUCCCGAUCAGAUUUAUAUCCUCUGUCCCGGUCAUAUUUAUGUCCUGUUACCUGGUCAGUUUUGUCUCCUCUUUCCCUGUCAGAUUUGCGUCCUCUUUCCCGGUCAGAUGUGUGUCCUCUUUCCCGGUCAGAUGUGUGUCCUCUUUCCCGGUCAGAUUUGUGUUCUUUUCCCUGUCAGAUUUGUGUUCUUUUCCCUGUCAGAUUUGUGUCCUUUUUCAGCUGUGACAUCCUGCUACUCAGAAUAUCGACUGUGAUUGUUUCUAUUUUCAGAUUAGAAUGGUUCUAACUGAGUGAAACUAGAAGUAAGAGUUGAUAACAGAUAAAUGCUUCCUAUGUAUCUCGGAGAACAAGCACUAACAACGUGAAUUUUUUCUACCACUACCUGGCUCGUGGAGGGAGUUCGGAGAGCGGGAAGAGGAUUGGAGAAGAGGAGGGUAGGGUUACCUCUCUUCAAGGGGGUGAAUCCUGCAAGAUGACCGACACAAGGAAGCGGGUUAAGCUCUAUGAGCUCAACCAAGAGAGACAAUGGGACGAUAAAGGGACAGGACACGUAAGUUCUACGUAUGUUGAACGACUGAAAGGAGUAAGCCUAGUAGUACGAAGCGAGGCGGACGGAUCAGUUCUUCUUGAGAGUAAAAUCCAACCUGAAACUGCAUACCAGAAACAACAGGAGACUCUUAUAGUCUGGAGUGAAGGAGAUAACUUUGAUCUAGCGCUUUCCUUUCAGGAGAAGGCUGGUUGUGAUGAGAUAUGGGAGAAAAUAUGCUCGGUCCAAGGAAAGGAUCCAAGUGUGGAUUUUACUCAGGAUCUUGUUGAAGAGAGUGAAGAUGACACAAGGUUUGAUGAUAUAUCAGACUCUCAACCUCCUAUAGAACUUCCAGCAGGGGAGCUCUCUAAACUAGAGGAGAUUUCAGAACUCGUCUCAUCAUGCCUUUCCAGUCCUCUUAGGAGAGAAAAGCUGGCUAACGCUAUUGAGAACGAAAACUACAUCAAGAAGCUGCUCAACAUCUUCAGUAUCUGUGAGGACCUGGAGAACCUGGAGGGGUUGCAUCAUCUCUAUCAAAUAUUUAGAAAUAUUUUUCUUCUCAACAAGAACGCUUUGUUCGAGAUGAUGUUCUCCGAGGAAACCAUCUUCGAUGUGGUUGGGUGCCUCGAGUUCGAGCCAGGGACUGCACAACCCAAGAAACACAGGGAAUACCUUAAGAGUAUAGCUAAGUUUCACCAAGUUAUCCCAAUCACUAACACAGAACUAUUAUCUAAAAUACAUCAGACCUAUCGAGUUCAAUAUAUUCAGGAUGUUGUACUCCCUACUCCCUCUGUAUUUGAGGAGAAUAUCCUCUCUACCCUAAACAGUUUUGUUUUCUUUAACAAAGUGGAGAUCGUGUCACUCAUUCUAGAAGAUGAGAGAUUUUUGGGAGAUCUUUUUACCGAACUGAGAGACUCUAAAGCCAGUGAGGAGAGAAGAAAAGAACUAGUUCUCUUUCUCAAGGAGUUCUGUCAACUCUCCCAGACUCUUCAACCUCAGUCCAGAGAGAGUUUUUACAAAACUCUUUCCUCUCUUGGAGUUCUCGCGGGACUAGAAAUGACUCUGCAGUCUACUGUCAAGGAAACAAAAGCUGCGAGUGUGGAUAUACUUCUCUUCAUAGUAGAUUAUUCGCCCAGCCUAGUCAGAGAGUAUAUGAUGCAGCAAAUCAACAACACAGAUGACGACGGGUUACUCAUGAAUAUUGUUAUCGAAGGAAUGAUCUGUGACACAGUACCAGAUAUGGGAGCCAGUGUACAGCUGCAAGGAAUCAUCAAGACCUUGUUGGACCCUGAGAACAUGUUGGCCAGCGUAAACAAAAGUGAGAAGACGGACUUCCUCAAUCACUUCUACAAACACUGUAUGCAUGUAUUCGUUGCUCCUCUUCUUUCAAGUACAGUACAUGAAAGACCUGAAAAGUGCGAUAGCUGUACUGUUCAAGUUCUAGGAUUAAUCAUUGAACUCCUCACGUUUUUCGUCGAGCACCAUACUUACCAUAUUAAGAACUAUAUUCUACACAAGGAUCUGCUCAGACGUAUCCUUGUCCUCAUAAAGUCCCGGCACACCUUCCUCAAGCUCUUCGCACUCAGGUUCAUGCGCAAAAUAAUCGGGCUCAAGGACGAAUUCUACAACAGAUACAUUAUUAAGGUGAGAAAUUUUUAUCUUUCUUUCAACUUUUUCAAGAAGAACGACAAUAUUUUCCAGGUUUUUGAUCUGAUAAAGACGUUCAAAACCCUGAAGCUUCGCUAUGAUCAACAUCAGGAUAGAAUCAAGGAUAGAGGAACAAUUGAACCUGUUACAAGCAUACUCAGGGGUACUCCAGGAUCAAGGUUUAGGAGGGAUGAGAGAGCAGUGGACGAAGACGAAGAAAUGUGGUUUAACGAGGACGAAGACGAACUCGACGAAAACAUUGUUGGACCCUCUCCCUCCUGCCUACCCGUCCUUGAGGAGAACAAAGUUACUCAGAGCACUGCACCCGACCUUAUCCCAACCAUUGACAGGUUGAUGGAGCAGGACAAGAUCAAAGAGCUAGCAGCUAAGGAGAAGGUGGUGGGUCCUGAUACUCCCAACGGGAAGGAAGUUGAAUCUGAAUCUGAGACGAAUGCCGCGAAGCGCCUGGGAUCCCUGGUGGAUUAUGAUUCUGACAGUGAUGAUGAGCCCGCAGCAGAAACUGAAGAUAUGCAGCCCCAAGCUAAGAAAAUAAAAGCAACGUAAAAUGAUUGCCUGCGCGGGGGAGGAGGGGGGGGGGACUACGCUCAAAGUAAUUAUUAUUAUGUUGUUAAAAAUUGGGCGACAUUGUAUUUAUGAUACUAAUAAUACUAUUAAUACUAUUAAACAUGUAUUUUCUACUAAAUUCUUAGUGUAUAUAUUAAACUGAAAAAUUUAAAACAAAAUUAUAAAAUUCCAAAUUAAAAACUACAUUUAAACUGACUUUUUUCUUUAAGUGGUCCAGGGUUUUAUUUAAGAAGAAAGGAACAGGAUAACUUAAUACGCGUUGUUUAAGGGGGGGGGGGUAUUCACUCCAGUACAUUAUAUAGAUAAUGACACUAGCUCCUGGGGUGUUUAAUCUUCAAACACAUUCAUUCAAGUCAAUUUAACUAUGAUAAGAUUAUUCAUUUAUAGAAUUGACAAAGGUUUCAUACUUCUUAAAUAUAAUUUUUAAAUAAUGACGUAGAAUGUUUCUAGCGUUCUUUCGAUCACAAUCUCGUAAUCGCAACUUUGGAACCCUAGUCAAUAUUUUUCUUUUUUAACUAAAAUUUGUUAAACUUUGAAAAAUUUACUUACCUAACAGAAAACAUUCAUUAUACGGGGAGCGGGGGUUUAAUUGCCUUUGACACAGUAUUUAAUACUCGAGUAAUAGCAUAAUGUCGCUAAUGAGACUUUUUAUUUAUCGUUUUACUUUCAAACAAUUCGUUGAAAAUAGUACGCUGUACUUGCGAAACAAAAUCUUUGUAUUCUAUUUUUUUAAUCUUCCGUAAUUUGUCGUGCAACAAAAUAUUAUUGAAUGAAAGGGAGAAAAGUUAAGGAGAAAUACAAAUUUUCAAUUGAUGUGUUUAAAAUUGUAAACGCAAUCUUAAAAAUAUUUUCACGCGACAUUCGUCUGCUUGAAGCUGAAAGCAGUAAAGUAAUUCUCCUUACCUCUCAACAGCAAAUACCUGAAAUUACGAAAUAUAAUUUCAUCUAGUGUUUUUUUUGUAAAUAAUGUUGUAUACAUAGUUGAUAAGAUUCAGGGAUAUCUUUCUCUGUCUAUUAGUUUGUUCCUUAAUAAACAUGUACACCAUUA